UUCACUUUUCAAAGCAACCAUGACAAUCCCUACGGGAAAAUGCUGCCACAGGGAUUAUAUCCGGUAUUGUUGUUCCGGUAUACCCGUUUGUGACGAUCAGGUCAGUGGAAAUACCACCGUGGAAAAAGUGGUUUUCGAACGCGAACCUUGUUCAACACCAUGGAAUUUAAGCGCUUGUAUGGAAGGCUAUUACUCCACAAAUGGUGUGGAUAUAUUACCAUGCCCUUCAGGUAUGUGCGACGUUUUAUAACCGGGAAGUUGUCACCGGGCAAAAGAUAGGUCAACUUCACUAAACUAAUGUAGUUUAUAACUUUUCUGACUUUACGGCAUUUCCAAAUUUCUAUUUAUGAAAAUCAUGUAGUAUGCCCAUAAACAUUCUCAUGAGCAUAUUACAGGAUUUUGGUACAUAUAUGAUAUAUGAACUUUUGAUACAUUCAUUAUUCAUUAUUGCAUGAGUUGAGUUAGUCUGAUAUACUUUUGUAACUAAGGCCAAAUAAAAAAAAAACUUGGUUAGACUUAGUGUCACCGCCCGCCUCUCGAUUUCUGCCGCCUCUUUCUUGCCGCCUCGAUUUCUGCCGCCUAAUUUUUUAGUUUAUGUAAAUCCGCUCUUCUUUUUACAGUUUAAAACAGUACGUUUAAUAUUUGAAAUUUUUCUCAUGCUCAGACCUUCGCGCUAUAUACUGAUCCGUCUGAUCGAUAGGGGCGCGUGGUCUUGGGUAUACAAGGUUCUUAUAGCAAAAUGGCGGCCUUCGCAACAUCAGUACAAAAAAUAUCACCGAUAUGGUGGAAAAACCGCCCCCAUCCCCCCCAAAAAAAUACUAUUAAAAAAUUAAAAAACGAGUAAAAAUUUUAAAAAAACCCCGCCCGCCUCUGAAAAUUUGUGAGAGUGUGACGCUAACCAAGUAUUUUUUUUUAUUUGGCCUAAUGUAUAUGUAGGCUUUCAAUGUACCAAUACUGGUAUUUAUUUGAAUAAAGUUUCUUCAUAUAUGACCGUGCUCUUGAGCAAACCAAAAUCUGGUAGCAUAUUGACACAUUGUAAGUUAGGUUAUUAACCCAUUGAGUGGCAGCACUCUCCUCUUGACGAGUAAAAUCGUCUGGCGUUAGACGGAGUAAAAUACUAAAGUAGGGCGCAUCAGGGUGCAUUGCCACUUAAAGGGUUAAAGUGGAUUUUUCAUUUGACUAACACUGCUAUAUUUUGACAAUGUUUCUUUAUUAGGUUAUUUCUGCGAAGCAAACUCAGUUUGUUUAAAACCAUGUCCAACGGGUGCUUAUUGUGUCCAAAAUAUUCUGGUUAGUAACUAGAUGUAAUUCAGUAAUCUAGACUUCUUAGUUAAGGUGUACACCCUUCCCCUAUCUCCUUCAGGUGGUACAUCGUUCCCCCACUUCCUUUGGCGGGUACAACCUUUCCCCACUGCCUCCUUCAUGGGGUUCACCCUAGUACCCCACCUUCAGAAGGUGCACCCUUCCCCCACCUUUUCAUGGGGUUUACCCUCCCCCUUCAGGGGGUACUCAAUUCCCCCACCUCCUUCAGAAGUGAUACAACCCUGAAUAUGUUUACUCGUGAUCAGAAGUGCAUAUUCCCUGGCCCUUCCUCCCUGGAAAUUUUAACCCUCCUCCCUGGCCUUUCAAAGGUUUCCGGUUCAAUUGCCCUAGUCUUUUUGUUUAAGGGUUCAAAUGGCCCUGUGGUGCAGGUGGCUCCCUCUACCAUUCCAACAAGAAUUCACCAUAUGUGCCUUCACCCCCCCCCCCACCCUCCCAUCCACUCCACCCUGCUGUGUAUGGUUUUAAUUUGAAAACUGCAUAAAAAACUAGUCCAAUUUUAAAUUACGUUUUUCAACCAUUAGGCAGAAAACAGCAGCGUCUGUGGUGGGUUUGAAAAGUGCUGUCUUCCAGCCGGGACAGCGCCAAUAUUUAAUGGCUACACAAAUUCUCUGUCAUGUCCUGGACAGUUCUACCCUGAGCGAUGUCUCGAAGGUUACUACUGUCCGAAUACGACCACACGGCUGGGGUGUCCUGCAGGGCAUUUCUGUCGACAGGGCAGUCAGCAACCUGUAAAAUGUAUGGUAAGUAUCUUGAUGAGAGUUGAGUUAGCGGCAAAGCGCCAUCCAGGAGACUUCUGUUUCUUCUCUUUACACACCAGGGACCUAGCCUGCAGGAUUAGCAAUCUACCUGUCCAAAAGUGCCAGGCCAAUACACGCUUCCGGAAAGUACGUUACCUCAUCAGGCUUUGACUGAGCAUCAGGCUUUGACGUACUGAGCAUCGAGGCUUUUUCGGGUUUUUCCCGACUUUAAACUUACAUACAUCUAAUUUCUUCACCAGGCAAUAAGUUCGUGCGGUGAGGGCGAAGUAUCACCGAACACGCUCUACGUAGGCCUCAUCAUAAACAGCUGUCUCCUGGGAGCCUUUUUUCUCGUCCUACUGUACUUCAACAACCGGCGAAGCUUUCAUUUCUAUUUUGAUCUAUAUUUCCGCCGUAUCCGCGGGACACGUAAACUGAGUCAGCGGUAUAACUUGAAGGACGGCUUCAGAUUGGCCAUCAGUCGCCUUGGGCUUAGCAACCAUUCCGAAGACGACGAGACGUCUGUACGAAAAGACAGUUAUAAUAUCAGUUUUGAGAAAUUGAGCCUCACUUUGACGUCGGUAAGUUAUGUGCUGGUCAAACGAGUUGAGAAGCGAGAGUUUGCAUGAGUUGAUGAGAGUUGGGAAGCGAGAGUUUGCAUGAGGUGAUUGAGAGUUGGGAAGCGAGAGUUUGCAUGAGAGUUGAUGAGAGUUAAGUUGAGUUGAGCUGAGAAGCGAGAGUUUGCAUGAGAGUUGAUGAGAGUUGAGAGUUUGCAUGAGAGUUGAUGAGAGUUGAGAAGCGAGAGUUUGCAUGAGAGUUGAUGAGAGUUGAGUUGAGUUGAGUUGAGUUGAGAAGCAAGAGUUUGCAUGAGAGUUGAUGAGAGUUGAGAAGCGAGAGUUUGCAUGCGAGUUGAGAAGCGAGAGUUUGCAUGAGAGUUGAUGAGAGUAGAGAAGCGACAGUUUACAUGAGAGUUGAUGAGGGUUGAGAAGUGCGGAGAGUUUGCAUGAGAGUUGGGAAGCGAGAGUUUGCAUGAGAGUUGAUGAGAGUUGGGAAGCGAGAGUUUGCAUGAGAGUUGAGAAACGAGAGUUUGCAUGAGAGUUAAUGAGAGUUGAGAGUUUACAUGAGAGUUUUCUCAACUCUCGUGAUAGUGUUAGUGUUGGGAAAGCAUUAAGAACAGCUAACCAAGCUCGCGUGACUGUCAACUCUCAUGCACUCUCAUCGUCGUUUGAUACAGUUGAAGUGGAAAACAGACUUCAUGCGUGAAAUGGAAUGGUUACUGACGCUACAGUAUGUUUCUAACUUCAGGGUGAAAACAAAGGCAAAGUUUUGUUGCAAGGCGUCACGGGAGAGAUCAAUGCAGGCGAGGUGACCGCUGUUCUGGGUCCUUCAGGCGCGGGUAAAACAACGUUCUUGAAUGUUCUGUGUGGUAAAGCAUACUAUGGUGUAAGUAUUGUACGUUUUUUGAGAACCUAGCACAGGACGUUUUAUGUACUAUUUAAAACACGCGUAGGAGUGAAGAUGAGUUUUAUCAGGUAUAAAGUCUAUAAUAAAGUGUUUUGAAUAGCUUUAAAUACGACCACAAUAGAUGCCGUUCAUUAGGGACGGACCAUUAGAAAAGUGAUGGGGAGGGGGAGGGGGGGGGGGCAAGCGUGGGUUGACUACACAAUUUUUAUAGUUCGCUAUAACUAUAGCUACUUCGAAAAUAUGUUGUCAGCUACAACUACUGCUACUUUUGAACAAAGGUAGUUCGCUACUGACUACAGCUACUGCUUAAAAAAUGUAGCGAAUUAUUUCGCUAUUUCGCUACGCUAUAUUGUUUAGUUUUACUGUAUUUGGAGCAUCUACUAACUCAGGCUGUAAUGUAACCUGUAACAAAUCGACUUACAAGUACCAACAGUAAACACAAAGCAACAUUUUUGUAAGCACUAGAGUGUUCAGGAAUGCAAAUGGACAAUUGAGUAUUGAUUUUAAGCAAACCGUGUCUAUAUCAUGCUCCAAUAUCAUGUUAUUCUAUAUCAAGUUGAUAACAAUUUUAAAAAGUAGCGAAUAGUGAUUCGCUGUUUGAAAAGUAGUCAACUACUUGGCUACUUUUAGGCAAAAUGUAGUUCGCUAUCACUACAGCUACUGUUUUAAAAAAGUAGUCAAAAACUACUGGCUACUUGAAAAUUGUAGUUUGCUACAGUAGCGAACUACACCAUUUCGCUACUACCCACCCUUGGGGGUGGGUGAGGCAAUAUAUUUGUUUGUGCAUCUAUAGAAGAAAUAUAUAUUUUUUCUCACUUGAUGGCUGGAAACAUUUUUUAAAGUGAAAUUUAUAGGCCACUAUGCCUGGGAAGAUUUUUUUUCCCUAAUUUUUUUCUGGGAAUAAUUUUUCUUCACUUGACAUAUUAUGGUUGACAUGAUUUGCCGAUAAUCUUAUGCGAUCAUAAAUUUUUGUUUAUUUCAUUUUCAGGAUGCUGGUGGACGAAUAAAAAUUAACGGGAAAAAAGUUUCAGGAAUUCAAGAUUAUAAAAGUCUUACCGGAUUUGUACCACAGGUAAUUGGUUAGGGUUAGUUGACAAGAAGAAAAAUGAGUCAAAGUCGAGUCAUAGAGUGAUUUAGCAAAGACAAACUUUGCCUAUGUACAGUUGGAUGUUGGAAGAGUACUUCUAUAACCGAAAAUCGAACCCACGAUCUCUGAUGACUGCGCCACCGAAGCCCCCAGUAUAGAAUUGUCGAUAAAGUUAGUUGAUUCUCUUUAUGUAGGAUGACAUAAUGCAUCGGUCUCUGACAGUUUGGGAAGUAUUGUACUACAAUGCCGUUUUACGAUUGCCUCCACCAUCUGAUCCCAAGGUGUAUGGAAAAAUUGUUAAACAG